CCGGGACUGAGUGGGGCCCGGGCAGAAACUGAGCACCCUGCGCCCGAAGAGCCCCCGUUGGCCUGGGGGGGCUGAGGGACUGAGCCCCCCAGAGCAGGACCUCCCCCUGGAAGGGCCGCGCCGCAGCCCGUGGGAGGGCCUCGCCCCCGGCGCCCCCCAUCUCCACUCGCCGCAGUCCCGGCCUCCGCCGGAGGGAGGGGCCGAGCGCCCUCGGGGGGCCGUGGACCCCGGCGUUCUGAGCGUUCCGCGCCCCGCGCCGCCCGGCCCCCCCGCCGCCGAUGGCCGCCGACCCGCCGGGAGCUGCCGAGAAGGGAGAGAUGGCUCCCGGGACACGUGUGAGCCCUCGGCGUUGCUGACGCCCCCAAUGUCGUCGAGCAGCCGGGGGCCGGGGGCCGGAGCGCGCCGACGCCGAACCCGCUGCCGUCGCUGCCGGGCCUGUGUGCGAACUGAGUGCGGGGACUGCCACUUCUGCCGAGACAUGAAGAAGUUUGGGGGGCCUGGGCGCAUGAAGCAGUCGUGCCUGCUCCGGCAGUGCACUGCCCCCGUGCUCCCACACACAGCUGUGUGUCUCUUGUGUGGGGAGGCUGGGAAGGAGGACACAGUGGAGGGAGAGGAAGAGAAAUUUGGUUUGAGCCUCAUGGAGUGUACAAUCUGCAACGAGAUCGUCCACCCUGGCUGCCUGAAGAUGGGGAAGGCUGAGGGUGUCAUCAAUGCAGAGAUCCCCAACUGCUGGGAGUGUCCUCGCUGCACCCAGGAAGGCCGCACCAGCAAGCUUCUGUCUCCCCAGGAUUCAGGUGAGGGGCCAGGCCGUCGCAGGGCUGACAACGGCGAGGAGGGCGCAAGCCUGGGGAGUGGAUGGAAGCUGACGGAGGAGCCGCCGCUUCCACCACCCCCGCCCAGGCGCAAGGGGCCCCUACCUGCCGGCCCCCCCCAAGAGGACGUGCCUGGGCCCCCCAAACGAAAGGAGAGGGAGGCAGGGAAUGAGGCCCCCACCCCAAGGAAAAAGGUGAAAGGAGGCCGAGAGAGGCACCUGAAGAAGAAACCAAAGCCGCCAUUGGCUUCUGCUGAGGGCCCGGCGGUACCAUCCCCUUCACCACAGAGGGAGAAGCUAGAGCGUUUCAAGCGGAUGUGCCAGCUGCUGGAGCGGGUGCCUGACACCUCCUCUUCCUCCUCGGACUCGGACUCCGACUCCGACUCAUCAGGCACAUCGCUGAGUGAGGAUGAGGCCCCUGGCGAGGCCCGGAAUGGGCGACGGCCAGCCCGGGGCAGCUCUGGCGAGAAGGAGAACCGUGGGGGGCGGCGGGCUGUGCGCCCUGGCAGCGGGGGGCCCCUGCUCAGCUGGCCCCUGGGCCCCGCCCCACCACCCCGGCCUCCACAGCUGGAACGACAUGUGGUGCGGCCCCCACCUCGAAGCCCUGAGCCUGACACGCUGCCUUUGGCUGCUGGAUCCGAUCACCCCUUGCCCCGGGCUGCCUGGCUUCGUGUCUUCCAGCACCUCGGGCCCCGAGAGCUGUGCAUCUGCAUGCGAGUCUGCCGGACUUGGAGCCGCUGGUGCUAUGACAAGCGUCUGUGGCCUCGAAUGGACCUAAGCCGGCGGAAGUCACUGACCCCGCCCAUGCUCAGUGGUGUGGUUCGACGCCAGCCCCGUGCCCUAGACCUCAGCUGGACAGGUGUCUCCAAGAAGCAGCUCAUGUGGCUUCUGAACCGACUACAAGGCCUGCAGGAACUGGUGCUCUCCGGCUGCUCCUGGCUCUCCGUUUCUGCCCUGGGCUCAGCCCCACUGCCAGCCCUGCGGCUCCUGGACCUCCGCUGGAUUGAGGAUGUUAAAGACUCCCAGCUCCGCGAGCUGCUACUGCCUCCACCAGACACCAAACCAGGGCAAACCGAGAGCCGUGGGCGGCUGCAGGGGGUGGCAGAACUGCGCUUGGCAGGCCUGGAGCUCACAGAUGCCUCCCUGCGGCUCCUACUGCGACACGCACCCCAGCUAAGCGCCCUGGACCUGAGCCACUGCGCCCACGUUGGGGACCCCAGUGUUCACCUCCUCACAGCGCCCACAUCCCCACUCCGGGAGACCCUGGUACACCUCAAUCUUGCUGGUUGCCACCGCCUCACGGACCACUGCCUCCCGCUGUUCCGCCGCUGCCCACGUCUACGCCGCCUAGACCUGCGCUCCUGCCGCCAGCUCUCACCUGAAGCUUGUGCCCGGCUGGCAGCCGCCGGGCCCCCUGGCCCCUUCCGCUGCCCAGAGGAGAAGCUCCUUCUCAAGGACAGCUAGUGGGGUGCCCCCCACCCUCCCCCAGGACUUAUCAGGAGCCUGGACCUCCGGCCUUCAUUUCACCCCUGCUGGGAGGCCAGGUUACCCACCUCAUGACUUGGGAUUCCUGAGUUUAAUGACUUGGGAUUCCUGCCUAGGGACUCAAGCCAGCCUCCCUCUUCUCUUCCCCCUGCACUGAUAUCUCUGGGGGUUUCUCCUUCCCAUCUCCUCCCCCUUCCACCUGCUUCAUUGUCCAUCCCCUGGGGGGAGUGGGUCAGAGGUACUGGGGGGUGCUGAGCCAAAGGGAUGGUGGGAGGGGGGUUAAGGUGCAAGUUUGAGGGAGGGAGAAUGGGGAAAGAGUAUCUGCACACAGGAUACUGGGAGCUGGGGCUGGGGGAGGUGGAGGACGGGUGGGGGGAGGGGGCAGAAAGCAGACCACCAAGGGUUCAGGGAACAAAGACCAGAUACUUGGAGUGGGGGGGUGGGGUGGGGGGGCCAAAAAGGGAAACCAGAGGAGCAGUUGGGGAUCCAGGUGUCAGAGGUAGGGAGACUCGGGGAGCCAGGGGAAAGCCAGGGCUGAGUGGGGGGUGGGGGACAAAAGCAGGUGUGGGGCAGUAGUACCCCCUUGAAGGGGUCACCCCUCUCCUUUCCCCCUCCCCAGAUUUCAGUUCCUUCCCCCUGACCCUGACUCCUUGAACGUCACUGAAAAUGGCAGCUAUUGCAAGGAGUGGGGGCCACGGGCCUACCUGCUGUUCUGCUCGUGGCCCAGGGGAGUGGUGAGGGGUACCCCAGGCCCCUGCCUGCCUCUCCGCACAAUACUUGAACAUUCAUCUGUACUGAAGUGUUACUUGAACCGGGGGAACCUCGGACCUGGGGGAGCCGGAGUGUGAGGGGACACGACCAGCUUGGACUGAGACUGGACUGGUGGGCACCCAGUUUGGACUGCGCCAUCCGCCGGCUCUCUUGCUUUACUGUAUCGAGCAGCUCCACCUGAGUUGGGGGUGGGGGGUGCCAGCCCAUUGAUGGGGAAGAUGGGACUCCUCCAGCUUGGCUCUUCCCACUCUUUCAUCGUCAUGGAAACUUGUAUCCCAUUUGCCCAGGGAACUGCCACUCCUGGUUGCCAUGGAAAUAGCAGCCAAUGGACACCUCCUGAUGCCAGUGCUAAGGCUGGAAAUCACCCCUCUUAGUUGCCAUGGGAACUAAAUAACAGACUCUUGGCCUUUCGCCCCUUCCUCUGGUGUGGGGGCGGAGCUUCAGGACCAGAAGGAGGAGUCGGGGCUGGGUACCGCCCCUCACCCCGGGCUUCCCGGGGGAGCCGGGUUGUACCAUGUAAGGGAAGGGGGGAUCUAUCCACAUACCUCAGGUAACAGGGAGGUGCGCGGGGUGGGGGGAGGGACUGGGCGGACCAAAGGCCGGAGAGGAGGGGCGGCUGGGGAUCGCGAAAGGCUUGAGGUUGGGGCGUCUUGGGGGAGUGGAGGAGGCAGCCCGGCGAGGGGCAGGUGGGGGACCCAGCCGGGCUGGGCCCCUGGGCCCCGGGUCUGUACAAUACGGUUUGCUAUAAAACUCAAAAUCUUCCAGCCGGG